AUGUCGCUGGACAUAGACUGGUCCCUCCUCACCUCCCCCUGCGCGUCGUCGUCCUCCCUCUCCUCAAAUCUCAUCACCAAGCUCAAUGCGCACCUCGCGUCCACAUCUCGACCGUCAUUCAUCGGUCCUAUCUCCAUCGCGGCGUUCGACUUUGGGUCAGCUGGACCGUCGGUCGAGAUUCGAGAUGUCAGGGAUGUCUGGCGGGCCUUUGACGAGGGAGAUGAGGACGAUGACGAGGGCGAUGCAGAGGGGGACGGAUAUACAGAUGGGGAAGGCGCCUGGAACGGGAGGGGAACGAGAGAACAAUCGUUUGACUCAUACGAGUCGGAUUUGUACAAAGCUGGCGGGCGGCCUCGGCGGGGUAGUAGGCUAGAUGGGGAGAUAGAGGAGGAAGAGGAAGAGUAUGAGAUGCUCAGUCCGACGAGAGAGGAGGGGGAGGACGAGUACUAUGACGACGAGAUGGACGAGAACGUGUCGGUGUAUAGCGGGAUGAGCCCGCGGUAUGGCGUUGCUGCUGUUGGCGUGGGAAUGGGGUUUGGGCUAGGCGGCGGCGGUGGAGGAGGAGGAGGGGGGCCAUCAUCAGCCAGGCUAGGACGUCGGCAGUCGUAUACCCCUCAACGGCAACAUCGGCCCUUCCCUACCAGUCGGUCGAUAUCACAAUCCCUCUUCUCCCCUCCGCUUCCCCAAUCUUCCCGCCCGCUUCCGAAGCAGAAGUACCGCCCCAACCGCUCGGCCGCAACGCACCAGCAACACCUCCAUACCCCUCCUGAUUCUCUCCCUCCCUCCCCGCCCGCCCGGAUGCCCGGCGGACCACGUCCCACCUCAGCAGACAGCGCAUCCUCCGGCGUCCCAUCACUCCAACUACACGUUCACAUCGCUCACGCAUCCGAUAUCACCCUUACCCUCCUCACUUCCCUCCAGGUCAACUACCCCUCGUCGCUCUUCAUGUCCCUCCCGCUCAAGCUGUGCGUCACGGGCCUCACCAUAGACGCGGACCUCGUCCUCGCGUAUGCCAAUUCUGGGGGAAACGACGGGCCGGCCGGGCGCAAGCGGAGCGGGGGCGAGAAGGGCAAGGUGCACAUCUGCAUAACGGAUGAAGAUCCCUCGUCGGCUGUUCCGGUCGGACAGAGGAUUAUACCCAAUGUCCAGAUAGAGUCGGAGAUCGGGGAUGGGGACGUGCAUGUGUUGCGGAAUGUGGGCAAGGUGGAGAGGUUUAUUGUGGAGGCGCUGAGGAAGACGGUGGUGGAUGAGCUGGUUUUCCCGAACUUUCAUACUGUUGUAUUGUAG